AUGAUCGAAGACGAUUUCUAUCGCUCCUCAUCCCAGUUCCGACUUUGGUCCUACACAGAGGCAUCUUUACAAUCCCUACGCGCAACGACAAACGCAAACGCCAGUGAGCGAGUACGGUCCGCACUCCGAAAAUCGCGAGAGGCGCAACAAUCAGCCACCUCAUCCGCAGCGGGAACACCAGCAGCAAACCAGAAUGGAAGCGACGCAGACAGCAAAGCAGGCGGCGAAGAGACGGAGAUCGAGUGCCUAACACCUGAAGAAGAGCACCAGCUGGUGCGAUACUUCUGCGAACAGAUCAUAGAGUUAGGGGAGAUGUACAAACCUCCACUCCCAACAAUAGUCCGGGCCACAGCAAUCCAAUACCUCCGACGCUUCUACCUAACCAACUCCCCAAUGACCUACCACCCGAAAUCAAUCAUGCUCUGCGCCCUCUUCCUCGCCACAAAAACAGACAACUACUACCUCUCCCUCCGCCAAUUCGCAGAAGUAAUCCCCGGCGGCACAACACCGGAAGACAUAAUCCAGCCUGAGUUUCUGGUCAUGCAAAGCCUCCGCUUCACGUUCGACGUCCGGCACCCCUUCCGCGGCCUCGAAGGCGGCAUCAUGGAACUCCAAGCCAUAUCUCAAGGCAUGGGCCAACCAGCACCACACUUCCCAACCCAGACACCAGAUGACCUCAAACGCAAACUCCAUUCCCUCCCCGCAUCACCGACUACAUCCUCAUCCUCCAUCACAAACCGACUUGCCCGCGCGCACCACAACACCCGCGAGAUCCUCAAAUCCGCCGCCCAAAUGACAGACGCUUACUUCCUCUACACGCCGUCCCAGAUCUGGCUCGCUGCGUUCAUGAUCGCAGAUAAGCCGCUAGCGGAGUUCUAUCUCGAGACUAAGCUGGGCGGACCCCAACAGCAGCAGCAGGGAUCCCCGCUUUAUGAGCUCAGGACGAAGCUCCUCCGUACCUUGACUGAUUGCUCUCACCUCCUUCAGGCGUACAAACCCCUCGCCUCAGAUCCGGACCAGAAGAAGAACCUAAGACGCAUCAGGAAGAAGCUCACCCACUGCCAGAACCCGGACAAGGCUGGAGUAGCGGGCCAGAAGCGUAUCCCUGCUGCGGCGGCAGCAGUAGCAGCGGCUGGUGAUCCGGCAACCUCUGAGAGCGAGAUGGAGCGACUGGCAAAGAAGCGCAAGUUAGACGGGGGACAGCCGAAUGAUAUAUUUGGAGGUGAAUUAGUGACGCAACGGACGAAGGAGGCGCAACAGCCUCAAUAG